AUGCAUCGGAGGAUCGGGCAAUACGAGAUUUACGAUGAUGUCUCUCCGUUGUUUGAUGCAGUACGGGACAAUAACCCAGAGAUGGUGCAGAUGUUUCUGAGCUAUGCUGGAAUUUAUGACUCCAUGAAAAUGACUGCACUUAUGCACGCAGCCCGUCACAACUACUUAGACAUUGUUAAAAUAUUAGAGCCCCUGGAGGGGCACCUCGUAGGAUCAUAUGGAGAGGUGGCACUAAUGCAUGCGGCUGAGUGUGGAGCUCUCGAGGUCGCGCAGUAUCUUCUUCCGCUCCAAGGGCAUGUAGAGCCAACUGACCUACUGGGAAGCUCGCUGAUGAAUGCGAUGUGUGCAGGUGAAAUCCAAUGUGCUGAGCUGUUCUACAAUAAUGAAAAGGACAAAGUAAAGAUCACACCACUAAUGUGGGCAGCAUUUGUGGGGGAUGUAUCGACAGUUCAAGAGGAAAUUUCGUUAAAGAGUGAUCUGGGUAAGCGAGCCCAUGGUGGGUAUACUGCAUUAAUGUUUGCUGCCUUCUCAAAUCAAGCCCAAACAGCAGAACUUCUACUUCCUUAUGAAGCUGGGCUAAGGGAUGAUUAUGAAGAAACGGCUUUAAUGCAUGCUGCUCAAAACUCAAGUGUGGAUGCCGCACGCGUCCUUGUGGAAAAGGAACUAGGGCUAUCGACAAAAAUAGGGGGUACCGCACUAUACACGGCUGCCGGAGAAGGCUGUUUGGAGAUAGUCAAAAUGACUAUGGAAAAGGAGCACUCGAUAUUCUAUAACGGGUUUUCAUCUCUGUAUAUCGCCGCGAAUAGCGGUCACUUAAGCUGUGUAAAAGCCCUUGUUCAGUACAUUGACAAGUUUAAGAAUUCAAGUGACACCGGGCUGGGCGGGGCUGCUUCUGGUGGUCACGUAGAUAUAGUAGAGUUUCUUAUUCCAUAUGAAGCCAAAGCAACGAUGAACAAUGAUGGAACGACUGCCCUUAUGUGUGCAGCACAGGAAAACAAAAUACAAUGCGUGCGGAUGCUGAAGGAUUAUGAGCUAGGCUUCGUCAAUGAUUCGGGGUACAGUGCUCUUUCGUUGGCGGCCGCAACUGGCUCUUCUAAACUUGUGUCUCUUUUGCUAGAUGAACUGCCACUGUUACCGAAGAAGGCCAUGUCUCCAUUAGAGGAAUGCCUUUCCUCAGGUAAGCUUGAUGUUGUAAGGCUUCUCCUUCCACAUGAAAAGUGCAGAGUUGGCGCCAGUGAUCUCAUGGUUUACGCAUGUACUGGAAAAAGACAUGCAAUGAAGAGGCUGAGAUCCGUAAUGCUGCAACGCCGGGAUUCAGGUGGCCGAACUGCGCUUAUGUAUGCGGUGAUGGGCAAGCAGUUGGACUGUGCAAAGGAUCUCUUAGCAGAGUCACGCAUAGUGGAUAAUGAGGGGCGCAGCGCUCUUAUGUAUGCAGUGCUUCUGGAGCCCGAUGAAUGCCUCCCAUUUGUGAAGCUUCUCAUUGGACUCACUGGUAUUCAAGACGAAAAUGGUGAGACAGCCCUUAUGAAGGCAGCUAGUAACAACAAUUACAUAGCAGUAAGGCAGCUUGCACCGUACGAGAAAAGGAUGGUCGACAAAAGCGGCGAUACAGCGCUUAUACUUGCUUCACGCAGUGACGCGUACAAGUGUGUGACGUACCUCUUAGAAGAGAUCGAUAUAGUUGAUGAGUGCGGCUCCACUGCCCUCGAGAAUGCAGAGGGUUAUGGAGGAUACAAUGUUUAUCGGAUCCUGAGCACUGGUGCAAGGUCUUAUCCCUAA